CUUUCAGAUGAGCGGCAAAAAGAAAGCUCAAAAGAAGAAGGGACGAACGAAAGAUGCGGGAGCGGACGACUUCGACGACCUCGUAGAAUGGAAUGAUGACGGAUGUGGGCUAUCAAGAAAGCAUGCAACUGAUAUAAUAAGGCUCAUCAAAUGUCACAACAAACCAUUGACUAAAGUCGCAACGGAAUUCAUUGAAAUCUUCAAAGAGCGCUGCUCAUUGGUUGUUGGUAUGGCUCUUCUUGCUAUAUACGAUGACUUAGCUCCAACGGAUGACGUAGCCAGCAGGAUUGUCACAGUCUACCUGAUUUACAGAGUGCGUGAUAUAGAAGUUGCUCUGCGACGUAGGAACCCUGGCGGCAUAGACGACAUCCUGGGACAUCCUUUCAUGUCUUUCUUCCUAAAUCUGGUUGAGUCAAAGGCUGUUGACGACAUCUGUGUAACCUACCCGCUUCCAGCUGGCAUCGAGCGGUCAGUGGUCCUGCGCAUUCUGAAUGGAAAAACUGCGGAAUUUGCUAGCAUGAGCGCUUCGGACUUACUAGCAGGUGGAGCUAUGGACGAUGCCAAUCUUACUUUCACCGAAGCUGAGCAGUUCUAUGCAAAACAGGCGGCACGCUGGCCCGAGCAUCUAGACAUGGUGACAAUUCCGGCGAUUCUACCAUUUCCUGAUCCGGAGGACAAUGACCCUCAAGACCCGAGCCAAGAUGCUCUGCUUAUGUCCUUGAUGCACCGAAUCUCGUGUGAGCCGUUAAAGCAGCUGCCAUUCAAGACAACUCCACUCAUGCCACCAUUAUAUCCUGUCCAACCAAUCGAGCUUGGAUGCGAGAAUAUCGAGGAGUUGCGCAGCCGAGUCGCCAAUGCUAAACCCUCAGAAGCUGGGCCAUCAAAAGAGAAAGCUGCUUCAUAUCUUGAUAAACCACCUACUCCCUCAACAGCUAAUCCUACGCCUACCCAAGAGCUUACUGAGGAGCAAAUGGCGGAGUUCACAAAAAGAUUGUUGGAUGGAAAAUCGCUAACGCAGUCGGAGACUAAACAGAUGCUGAAGUCUCUCGAAUGUGCGGACGCCAAUAACAAGUUUGUGAGCCAGUUCGUGCAAAUGAGUGAUUCGGAUCUGUCACGCUUGAUCGACCUCAACGUUAAGAUAGCUAUUGAAGUUAUCGAUUUAUGUGUGACUGCUGACCAGGCACUGGCAAAUAGAAUAAUGCGGAUAGUACAAGGAAUGGAUGUUACCGUACAAUGCAUGGAGGUCGUCACCCGCCUUUACCAGUAUCGACCUGAGUUGCCACGUGAGCCUUUGAACGACUAUGUCCGCUAUUGUGUUCGAUACUGUUUGGACGCUACGCCAUCUUCAAACCUCAACAGGGUCGUCCGACUAGUUGCCAUAACAUUGAAGAAUUUGCUCAAGAGUGGUAGCAUAUCAGCUUCGGAACUCUCCCUGGAACUGCGUGAGUUUGGUGUAAGAUUUUGCCAACAUCCGGACACAACGUUCCUGUUCAACACCGUUGGGCUUGCACAGCUUAGAGAUGGUCGUGAAGCAAGUUACUGCUCCGAGAUACCGCGGUCUCAUAGAUUUUCGCAUACUGUAUUGCUAUUAUGUAGGAAGAGUGAAGGAUCAUCUCGCCCAGGGGAUCAUUGGCGAGUAAACUGGAAGCAGGCUGGCCUCAUGGCUACUGCUGCGACAUUGCCAUCAUCAGGUAACCUAUUCCUAGAUUAUGUCAGCAGCCUGGGCGCCGAGGACAGAACAUACCUUUACACGCAGCCAGCAUGUGCUCUUUUCGCAUUUCGUAUGCUGCCGAAUGUUGCACAGCAGGUAGUAAUCAAAAUGAUAUGGAACUCUAAUGUUAGUGCUGCCAUGUCCCACGACACUUCCGCGGAGCUUGAGUCUUCCGAAAAGUUGUUAGCCAGGUUAGGCCUCAUUACUGGCAACGGCAAUCUCCACCCUUCAUUCCGCCAGUCCUACCUACGAGCCAUCAUGCUCGGUGCCCAAAAGUGCUCGAAAAUCAAUCCCGUAGAGGUAGAUCCAAAACGACGGCAAAAUGAGAAAGAACUUGGCAAGAAAGCUGGUGAACGAUGGGAAUGCAUACUGAGAUAUCUAGCAUUACCAUCUGAUAAGAAUAUGAAUUCGGUAUCGUCGACCACGCGUGAGCUCUUUUCCGCUGCCGGUUUUACCAGUGACAACGAGGGCUCGGCGGAUCUUGAGAUAACAUCCGCUGGGUUCCAGUUCUUGUUGCUUAGUCCUGUUCAGCAGCUCUGGACUUAUAUGAUAGAAUAUCUCAAACUUGAAACGGCAAAAGGUCGAGAUAUCCGGCCAAUUAUGGAUCUCCUCAUCAGGAUUAUUCUAUGUGUAGUUAUAGGCGCGGAUCUCUCCACUACGGCAUUUGAAAUCAAUCCCAAUUGGACAGAGGAGCAGUCAACGUUAGCCAUGCAUAUGCGAGAACUUGGACUAAUUUUUAUUAGGAAGCGAAAAGAUGGGGUGUUCUUUCUCACCCCUUUGCUGUUGAACCUCUGCACCGGUGCCGCUGAUGAUGAAAAUGCUGGCUGUGUCCGACGAAUGGACGAACGUCGUAGUGGGAAUAUCAUCGUGGAGACGAAUUUCCGAUUAUAUGCUUACACAAACUCUAGUCUACAAUUGGCUAUUCUGUCGACUUUCACUGAAAUGACUUAUCGGUUCAAUGAUAUGUCCGUUGGGAUUUUGACGAGGGAAUCGGUGAGAAGAGCAUUGCAGGUUGGUAUUACGGCCUCACAAAUAAUCUCCUUUUUGCGAGCGAACGCCCACAAGCAAUGCCUAGCUGCUGGCGGACCCUUGAACUGUUUGCCUGUUACGGUUGCCGACCAGAUCCGUUUAUGGGAAGAUGAGCGCAAACGGCUGACUUUUACGGAAGCUACACUUUACUCAGCAUUUGAAGGGGAUUCUGAGUUUAUCGGUGUUCGUGAUUUUUCUUUACGAGAAGGUAUCUUAUUAUGGGCUGACAGCGAUAAAAAGCUGGUAAUAGUAUCGGAUGAAGGCCACGAAAAGGUUCGAGCAUGGUGGAAAGCCAAUAAGGCUUCCAUGUAGUCUGUGAUCUCUUGAUUGUUUUUUCUUAGAUUUUAUUUCUAUUCCCUUUGAAUUGUUCCAUAGCUAAGGGUCAUUUUUUUUUCGACGUUGUCAUCUUGAUCAAUUCAUUUUCCUGAAAAUGCAUGCACUGUUGGUCUUGUUUGAAGAAGAUUGUUAGUUGUAUUGUUGCUGACACGAUUGUGUCAUUGAAAUGAAGAAUUUGAAAACUAUAAUUGAUCAUCUCAA